UGUGUGUGUGUGUGUGUGUGUGUGUGUGUGUGAGAGAGAGAGAGAGAGAGUCGGAGAGAGAGCGAGAGAGAGAGACACAGAGUGAGAGAGAGAUAAACACUGACAGCUGAAGGGUUUCGUUUCACACCAGGGAACCUGCCGAGCCUUUAAUAGCACGUGCGAUAUAAAGUAGCGCGACUUGCAGUUUAAACGCCUUCUCUAUCCCGAGGGAAACAGCAGAACAUCUUUUCGCUGCCACUUCAGAAACUGUCACGUUAACUUCUAGCCCUGAUGUCGAGUUCGAGCUGAAUUGAGUGCGUUGAGAUUUGAUUUGGUCUCGUAACCCCGUUAUGGAGAAUCAGCGCCUGGUUCACCACAGCAGAUUGGUGCUGCUUCUAUUAGUGUAACUGGUCUUCAUGCAUUACUUGUGGACUCCGUGUAGCAGGUGUUCCUUGGACUUUUGCACGACUUUGAUGAUUUAUUAUGUAUUGGAUGUACAUUUAAGGUGACAAUAUGCCUUUGGAUGAUAUUCGAACAUUAUUUGAAUGUCACAACUGUAAUGUAAAACGUAUUAAUGUAUAAUGUGACGUUAGUUACUGUUAUAAUCUUUUUAUAUAUUGUUCUAUUUGCAGACAUUACAUUUGUAUGUCAUAUUAGUGCCUUUUAAAGCCUACAGCAAAACUAGUGAUUUUUACUCACUAGUAAAUAUGUAAAUCUGAGUGCCUGUUGUACUAAAAUAUUUGCUGUAAGUGCUACAUAUACAACAGCUACUGUACAAGACUAUAGUGGUAGUACAAAGAGUAUUACAUCAAUAGCUAAAAGUAUGAAUUCAUAAUAAUGUGAAUGCUGCUUCUUUAAAACUGAUGGAUGCUAGUAGAAUUGACCAACACCACUAUGGGGUGUAUGCAGAGUGCAGGCACACUUUUUUAUGAAAAUAUUAGAGUCCUGGAACUGAACGCCUCUAUCGAUUCUAGUCCUACUGUGAUUGAUGAGUCGUCCAAUGUAGUACUGAGGUACCGUACACCCUACUUUAGAGCUGCUGCCCGGGUGCAGGUGCCACCAGUGGUCCAUAAAGAAAUUUGGACUGUGGGCUGGAUCCAGGCAUGCAACCAAAUGGAUUUCUUCAAUUACUAUGGAGACGAAGGAAUAUCAAGUUGGGAGCUCCCUGAGCUGAGAGAUGGACACAUCCAGGCCAUCAGUGAUUCAGAUGGAGUGAACUACCCAUGGUAUGGCUGUACCACUGAGAUAUACACUAUAGUAGGACCCAACAAAAAGAGCACCAACCUCACUGUGAGCAUGAACGACAAUUUUUGUCCCAGUGUGACAUGGAGCAUCCCCACAGGCACCCGCAGUGUCCCCCCACUUUUGAGCUCCAUCCACAGGGACCAGCGCUUCACCACGUGGCUGGUGGCCAUGAAUGAGGCCACAGCUGAGAUUGUACUGCUCAGGACCAUCCGCUGGAGGAUGCAGCUUGCUAUUGAGGUAGAUCCUAAGAAGCCCCUGGGACAAAGAGCUCGCAUCAUGGAUCAUCUUGCUCAGGAACAGCCAGAGAUCUUGACUACGAAUGAACCCAUCCCUCAUAAUGCCUUGGUCAAACCCAAUGCCAAUGAUGCUCAGGUGCUAAUUUGGAGACCUAAAAGAGGGAAAUCAGUUCUGGUCAUACCACCUAAGUGUAAGGAAUGGAGUGACUGGAGUAAGUAAGUGAUGUAAAAAAACAAACACUUGACUGUUUAAGACUUAAAUGGUUUACUUCUGCCUUCUAAUUAAAUGUACUUUAAGCAGUACAUUUUUUAUUUAUUGAUUUGUUGAUCUUUUAUUGGAUGUUCAGGUGUGGCCUCAGAUGAACAGCACUCUCCAUUAAUGUUUUACCAUUUGUUGAAUUAUUUCAAGUAAUGUUCCAAAUUUUGUAUGCAUGCAGUUCUGCAAACAGGAAUUAGUAGUCACAUCUACUUUAUGCUACAUUUGAAUUGAGAGUUUUAAUCAGAUGCAUCAGUGAGAGUUUUAAUCAGAUGCAUUAGAAAUGAUGCUGACUUGGACUUUAAUUCAUAGUAGUAUGGUACAAUGUUGUAAUUAGUAGCUGAUCUGAAAAGCAUUGUGUAGUUGUGGGCAACUCACAGAUCAUAUUCAGGUUAGUGCUUAAUGGCCUUUCAAUAAUUUUCACAUCAUGUGAAGAUAUGCCUGUGAUUUAUUGACAAAUAUAAAAUUCUGUGGGGAAAAAACGUCUUAGUGACUGAUGUUUAUAUUCACAUAAAUCAUUCUAUACAUUUUGGUUGUACACAUCAUCUAUAGAAAAAAGUCCUUUAUAAGAUGGCAUCAAUUCGUAAAAACUUUUUUACCAACUUUCAUGUUCUUUUCAUAAUUUACUUCUCUAAAACAUUUGAUCAUAUGCAUCAUGUCCUAUUAAUGUUCACAAGAAUCGCUCUGUAGUUAUAGUUGUAGCAUAGGAGCCCUGUCUCAGUGGGGACUGUAUGCCCUGAGUCCAAACUGAUCAUAGCAGCCACAAUUUUUACUCAUCUGCACUGAUGUUAGAAUUUUUUGUUUGCCCUUUCCUUUUUUAUUCAAUGAGUUACAGUAUGUUUUUGUUUAGUAUGAACAGGGGGAACACUAUUAAGAAUAUAGAAAUCAUAUCAUAUUGAAAAAUUGUCAUAAUUUUUAAGAAGACAACUAAAAUAUAUAUAAGCACAACAAAGAGGUAUUUCUAUAUAUGGAUAUUACAAAUUCUAGAUGUUUUACCGGACAUGCCUGACCUACACAUAUGUUAAACUAGAAGAACGUAGAUGGGUAAGGGAUGGCCUUAAGGCACAGGAACUCCUCCACAUUUUCCACCCAUAAAGUUUAAGCAGAGAAGCACUACAAUUCUAGAGUUUGUUUGAAAAUGGAAACGAUAAAACUAAAAGAUGAUGUAAUUUUACUGGUAAUAGCAACAUUAAAUAGCUGUUUUAUUUUUUCUGCAUCAUUUUACUGGUAAAAUCUAUGCAAUGUGUUUUGCACUAAAAGUCUCUACAGUUAAUGACUAGAAAAUGCAAAUAACACUGAGAUGGAUAUCUAUUUAAUAUUGACAUUUGGAUUAAAUAUAGAAAAUAAAAAAUGUGUCCUAGCCAUGCUAAUGCCUCAAACAUACAUUCAUAAAUUUUAUCCAUCUCCCAGAGUUAUCAUCUUUGGUCUGAUACCAUUGAACUUGAUCAGGCAACUGAAAGCUUAAUGUCUGAAUACAUUCUAAGCAUACAGUUCCACUUAAAAGAGAAAUAUAUAGAGAAAAAAUGUGCAAUUUAAAACAGACCACUCCUAAACCAUUGUACUGCCAGGGCCAAUUCCUUAGUUUUUCUUGUAGACCGAAGUCAUUUGGAUCUGAGAUGAAAGAAAUGAGUAUGAAAAUAUGAAUGUAGAAUUUCAGCUUUUAUUAUGUGGUAUUUAUAUGUAGCAAAGGUAUUGGAAUAUAUGAUUCACAGGUAUUUCUUCUUAUCCAAUAGUUCGUG